CCAUGAAGCUCGCGACGCUUCUCCUCGCCGCCAUUAGCGUGGCGUCCGUCUCGGCUGAGCCGUCAUGGAUGCCCAGCCAGGUCAAGAUCCAGGAAGAGUACAAGGUCCCUGGCGAUAACCCUCUGUACUUCUGUGCCGACCCCGCCGAUGAUAUCCUGAAGAUUGAGAAGGUGGAUCUGAGCCCGAAUCCUCCAGAGCCCGGGAAGGCUCUCACGAUCAAAGCCACCGGUGACUUCAAAGAGACCGUCGAGGAAGGCUCAAAGAUGCACCUCCAGGUCAAGUACGGCCUGAUCACGCUCAUCAACCAGGACGCGGACCUGUGCGAGACGAUUGAGAAGGCGGACCUCAAGUGCCCGCUGGAGAAGGGCGAGAUGUCGCUGACCAAGGACGUUGAUAUCCCCAAAGAGGUUCCUCCGGGGACAUAUACCGUGCUCGCCGACGUCUACACGAAAGACGGCGACAAGAUCACCUGCUUGACCUCCAAGAUCACCUUCCACCGGUAAACCCUCCACGGCGGCCAGGGCGGGCGAUGCGCAGGCGGUAUCUGAGCGAGCAAUAGAUCUGUGCAAUUCGGGAAGCGGAAGUUUCAACUGUCGGGGCCGGGUGUAAAUAUCGUUCAAAACCGGCUGCGGAAUGAGCUUUGAUAUAGGCAUGCAUAGGGCAAAUUGUGGAGGUGUACUCUUUGGAUUCUGGCUUUCACUUUGAGGGGAUGUGGUGAGCUCGAUACCUCAGCGGCUGUUAUUCUCGAGUUCGGCAUUGGGUUUCUGGGAUUUAUUAUGGAUGUGGCAAUGCAGUCAUGAUGACAAGGCACAUCCUUUCAUAGCACAUUGUUCAGUUCAUGCUUUGAUGAAUCGGAUAUCUUAUCGCCAAUCGCGAGGUCCCUCCCAUAC